AUGGAUCAAAGUGCACUCCCACCUCACGUCCUCAUCUUCCCGUUACCCUUCCAGAGCCCUGUAAACUACAUGUUUAAGAUAGCCGAGCUUCUCUGUCUUUCAGGCUUCCACAUCACCAUCCUUCUCACCGACUACAUUUACAAUCGCCUUCAACGUCACUUUACUUUUCAUUACCGUUUUCAAAACUAUCCCUGGUUAAAUCUUGAAACCAUCUCCGAUGGCCUUCCGGCGGAUGAUUCCCAUUUCGUUGCUAGGGUGCUCGACUCUUUAAGGACCAUAACCAAGAAAAUGUUCAAAGAGAUUGGCAGGACUCUAGGUGGCUCUAUAGCCCUCGGGUUGACACGUAAAAUAAUGAAACCAUUGGGAUAUCCAAAGGGUGCCGAGGAGAUAAGCCGAGGCAUGGAAUUAUCCCGUUCAGAGAUGCUAAUUUUUGGCCGCUUGAGUUCUAAAACUCGCCGGCCGUUGACAUGUAUCAUAGCAGAUGGUUUUUUGGGUUUUGUUUGUGAUGUUGCUAAUGAGAUUGGAAUUCCUGCUUCCACAUCACCCAUCCUUCCCACCGACUACAUCUACAAUCGCCUUCAACGUCACUCUACUUUUCAUUACCGCUUUCAAAACUAUCCCUGGUUACGUCUCGAAACCAUCUCCGAUGGCCUACCGAAGGAUGAUCCCCGUUCCGAUGCUAGGGUGCUCGACUCUUUAAGGACCAUAACCAAGAAACUUUUCAAAGAGAUGCUAAUUUCUGGCCGCCUGAGUUCUGAAACUUGCCGGCCGUUGACAUGUAUCAUAGCACAUGGUUUUUUGGGUUUUGUUUGUGCUGUUGCUGAUGAGAUUGGAAUUCCUGUUAUAUAUUCUCGUACGCUUAGUCCUUGCUGCCUCUGGGUCUUUUUCUGUCUGCCCAAACUCAUCGAAGCUGAUGAGCUUUUCCUUGAAGGUGUGUUUGACUAA